AUGGCGGCGGCUCCGGCGGGGAGUGCGGCCGAUGCCCAGGCGCGGUUCGGCCGCUCGGUGAAGGGGCUGCUGAUCGACAGGGUGACCGGCUGCGGCACCGACGUGAUCGCCCUCACCAAGCAGGUGCUGAAAGGCUCGCGGAGCUCCGAGCUCCUGGGUCAUGCUGCUAGAAACAUGGUGAUGCAAGAAGAUGCCAUCCUGCACUCGGAAGAUAGUCUAAGGAAGAUGGCUAUCAUAACCACUCAUCUCCAGUACCAACAAGAAGCUAUUCAGAAGAACGUCGAGCAUUCAUCAAAUCUGCAGGACCAGCUGAGUCACCUUCUGAAAUGAAGCAGGAGAAGCGAAGUCCCCAGCCCACCUAGCGGGAGCUGAUGGGACGACCUGUGUCGGUGGAGCUCCAGAGUCUCUUCCUGCUUCAGCAGUUACAUUGCAAGGCUGAGCUGUGCUGAAAGUCAGCUGUGAAAAUGCAGCGUGUGUGUUACUGAACCUGCAGGGCUGUGGAUUGACAUGGGACUGCUCUGUAACCUGCUCAUCACAAACUCUCCCCAUGCUGAAAGCUAGAUCACUUGCUUGCGCUUAAUUUAAAGCAGACUUUACCAAAACCUGCCUGUGACUAACACUUUUCAUGUCCAUUUUCUUUUCUGCGCAAUGUACUGUUUGAAUAGCAGUUUCCCUCUCCUCAAGGCAUUGUGCCUGUUCAGCUAAUGAAUCAAAGGCAACG